AACUUUCCCUGCAGUUGCAUACCCUCAAAGAAGCACAUCAUCUUUCACUAUGCCAGAAGCCACUUUAGUUCUGAACCAACUUCUUCCCUUGAACACUGUCGGACUGGGUUAUCUUGCGUUAUAUCCAAAGGACCCAGCACAUGACUCGUAUCGGCCCGAGGCAAACUCAUUUUCGGACGAUGAUGUCAUCACGCAACGCCUCGAGAACUUCAGCCACAUCCUUAACCGAACAACCGGCUCACGGCUUCACGCGUUUCUAUCGAGCGCAAUCCACUCUACAUUCAGUAACAGGAAUGUCUUUGGGAUCGAUAUAUCCUCUGUGCUUUGUGUUACUCGUCAACUAAGGAAUUCGGAAGAUAUCUUCCAGAAGAUCUGCGCGCUAUCGUCUGCAAGGCGGUGGCUGGAGCGCGCACUCAGGAAAAGACAGAAAGUGUAUCUGGUUGUUGGGAUCAAGACAUUGACAGAUGCCCAUGUCAUACAAGGGAAAUCGCGAGCGUUGGAAGCCGAUGCGUCGGUCGAGAUUCCAACAGCCCUUGCCGCUGCUGCAGGUGGGGUCGUGUUACCGUUGGGAGACUUUCUAGACGUAGGCGCAGGACUGUCUGGUCAAAAGCAGGAUGACGAAAAAGUAAGCUUCGUUGCGCCUGGCGAGCAGAUAUUUGCUGUGCAGUAUCGCAAGAUCGAGUUUGCAAGAUUUUUAGGUCGAGAUAUCGACAAGGCCUCUCUCGAGCUCGGCAACUCUUGGAAGGUCUACGUAGAAGCAAGAGGAAGAGAAGAGGCAACCGAAGAGGUUGUGAACGCGAAAGUUUGCGAAUACACCCCGAAGACAGAUAUGGACAGAGUGUCUUUUGAGAGUUUUGACCUUGAGGACGAAGAACUUUAUUAUCCCUUUUGAUCUUAAUAGCAUAGUAUUGGAAUUCGGUAUCUUAGAAAGGGUAGUAAACGGCUGAAUUUUCUUCAGACAGAGGGACAAAAUAUCGAUUUACUCUGCUGUUCUUAAUUUACUCAUAUCUACUCGAAAGGUCUCAUUGGUAUACUUUGGCCGAGUGCUUAGAGUGAGGUAGUGA